AUGGGCUUUCCAUCCUGUUGUGGUCACUGUAUACUAAGUAUGUUCCUCCACCGCGUGAACGAGCAUCACGUUAGACGAAGCAUCCUUGUCCGUAUGUCAGCUCCGAAUCGGCAUCGUGAAACUUGUGAUAGUUACAGUAUGAGUCGUCCAGAGCAGAAACGUCUUCGCAAAGAGUACACCCGUCUCUAUCCCAGUGGAUUUGUUGGUAAACUAAAGAAGGUCUUUGGCAGAUCAGAGAGCAUCGAUCGUCGAGAAAUGCCAUUAACAAGGAACGAUGACACCGAACAGCAUGUUAUUCCGUUAGAAAAUAUAACUCUCUGUAAAGAACUUGGUCAGGGCGAAUUUGGUUCUGUGUGGCAAGCGUCAUGGAAAGGUGGACCGAAUGGUGCUGAAUCUAUGCAGGUUGCUGUAAAAUGUGUUGCACCGGAUAAGCUUAUCACCAGCUCGACAGCCUUUCUUCAGGAAGCUGCUAUCAUGACGCGUAUGCAUCAUGAACAUGUUGUUCGCUUGUACGGUGUGGUGCUGGAUAUGAAGAAAGUGAUGAUGGUGUCUGAGUUGGCAACAUGUGGAUCGUUGUUAGAGUGCCUUCAUAAGCCAGCACUUCGUGAUUCGUUUCCAAUCCACAUACUCUGCGACUAUGCCGAACAAAUCGCUAAGGGUAUGGCCUACUUAGAAUCUAAACGACUCAUCCAUCGAGACCUCGCUGCAAGAAAUGUGCUUGUUUUUAGUCCGAAAAAGGUGAAAAUUUCUGAUUUUGGAUUAUCGCGGUCACUUGGGGUUGGCGAAGAUUAUUAUCGUAGCGAGUUCUCUACGUCGCUGAAGUUGCCGAUUGCGUGGUGUGCUCCAGAAUGUAUAAAUUUCCUAAAGUUCACCUCCUCUUCGGACGUCUGGUCUUUUGGUGUCACCCUGUGGGAGAUGUUUUCCUAUGGUGAAAUGCCGUGGAAUGGGAAGACUGGUGCUGAGAUUCUCUACUUGAUCGAUCAAAAACGACAGCAUCUCAACCGUCCAACUGCUUGUCCUGAAGACAUGUACGCGUUGAUGGAGGAAUGCUGGAGUUAUGCUGCACUUGAACGUCCCACUUUUGCGCAGAUCAUCACGCAAUUUCCAGAGAGAUUGCCACAAACGGUUAGAGCUAUUUGUGAUUGCCGUGACUCAGCGAACGAUCACUUGCAAUACCGAAAAGACGAUCUAAUUGUGGUUAUCGACCGGACACCGUCGAGUUAUCCUGACGGGUAUUAUUGGUUCGGUUCGCUUCGAAACGGGAGGACUGGCUUAUUUCGACCAACAGAUACUGUAGCUCAUUUAGGUGGAGGUUUGACUCUGUUAUCUUUUAAAGAAAAGAAAACAACAAAGAAGGUCAGUGAUAAGGAACGAGAGCGUGAGAAGCGAAAAGCUCUAAUCUCCGAGCCGGUUGGAAAAGUUCGGCAUACGUGCCACGUUGGCAUCGACGGUACUGCAUUCGGUCUUCUACAGGUAUUUCCGUACUUUUCAGAAUGUAUUUCCACACCGGUUAUUCUACGAAACAGUGUCGCUCGACAAGGUGUUGGCGCCCGUGAAACGAUGUCAUUAAGAGAGCUGGACGUAAACACGAGGGUAAAUAAAAUUUUCUUUUCUUUUACAGGUUACGUCCCAUUCACUUUCUUCUCUAUUCUUUUGGCCUUAAAAAAGGGAAGAAGAGAGUUGGAAGAAGCGCUUUACGGGCAUCUGUCAGUGGAUACUAUUAUAACAGCAGCUUCCACCCUGUGA